UCUAAUGCAUAUAUCUUGUCAUGUAGAAUGAUCCACAUCUGAUGCCGGAAGGGGCAGCAAUACUGCGUUUGUGACGUAAUCGUGACAUUAACGAUGACGCACGUCUGAGAGACAGAUCCUUCCGCUUUUAUAUCAUAAGGGUGACAGCUAAUUGGCUUACAACCACAAUACAAUUAUUAGGGAAGAUAACUGACUUCCCCACUACGCAGUGAUACAAACUUUUGCACACACACACACACACACACAUAUAUACACACACAGUAAUCUUUGCAAGUUACAUGAUUUGAAGUCGAUAAGAGUCAAUAGAGGUUUGUCUUUUCAUGUGUAAAUUUCAACACACUCCGGUGCAUGAGUAGAAUAUGGAUGUUUUUCUGAAGUUACAGGAUUUUAAAGAACACAAAAUUUCUUGUGUAAAGGUUCCUGCGAGCAAACAAAUCCAUUUGUAUCCAGCUUGAUAAAUGAGGCCCAUUGUCUCAGCCCCUUUCAAUGAAAAUCAAGAAGGUGAGUAAAGGUGUGUGUGUGUAAGGAUUCGUCAACAUUCGUUUAACAUCCGCCCUCGGAGACACAGAAACAGAGUGCGCGUGUGCGUAUGCGUGUGAGUGCUGUGGGAGGUUGACACUGGACAGAUGGGCAAUCUGACUGCAGCUUGCCACAGGGCAGUAUUUUCAAAGAUGUUUGUUUUUCCAAGGAUCCUUGUAUUCCCUCUCAUCCUUAUUGUGCCCAUCUUCCUCACUGGAGUAAUUAACUUCAAGAAUUACAAGCCUAUUGUUUCUUACCCUCACUGGAGAAGAAGGCUGACGGCAUGCGGCGUGCCAGUGCAAAAUGAUCCGAUCAUUAAAGUCAGCAAUCUUAAAACAUAUCUGGUUGGCUCCUACGUAGAGCACCGUCAAGAGGAGAAAAAUAUACGUACGAUUGCUAUAGUACUUCGCAAUGAAAGCACAAAGUAUCACUGCUUUCUGUGCUGCAACGGUAAAAAUGUGUCCAUACCUGCGAAUUACAGCAUUCACUCUGACCACUUUGGGUUUGAAUACGGCACGGCUGAUAUUACCUGCCGAUUACCAGAAAACUGUACAUCACCGAGACAUCUGGCUAUCACUUCGCGAUCACAUAAAAAGGAUAGAUACUCUCAAGACAUCCACGCCUUCCAACCUGUUAGGAAUCAGCAGAAGCAGGAAGUCUUUCCUUAUGAGUUUACAGUCUGCAUUUCUGUCAUGUAUGAUUAUAAUAAUGUCCUGGAGCUUGUGCAGGCCAUGGAGAUGUUCAAGAUACUCGGAGUCCAGAAGGUAGCUAUUUACAAAACCAGCUGCCAUCCUGAUACGCAGAAGGUCCUGGAUUACUACGUCAGGCAGAACUUUGUAGAACUCAUCCCCUGGCAUGUAGCGUCCUACGUUAAUGUGUCCAGAGGCUGGAAUAAGACGCUGUCAUCAGGAGAGCUGCAUUACUUUGGGCAAAUUGCGGCGCUCAAUGAUUGUGUGUAUCGUUACAUGUACCAGAGUCGCUAUGUAGCUCUGCAAGACUUGGAUGAAUUCAUUCUGCCUAUUAACAACAAAACCUGGCCAGAACUCCUACCUGAAUUGGAGAGGAAAUACAAUCGCAAGCUGGGCUUUGAAUUUGAGGCAUAUUUUUUCCCGCUCUCUAUCACAGAUUUGAAGCCAGAGUAUUCACCAGCCUCAUGGAAGAAGGUUACGGGAGUCAACAUCUUAGAACAUGUCUAUAGGUUAAGCAAUGACCCUGAAGAGUUCAAUAAUUUUAAAGUGAUCGUAAAUCCUCGCUUAGUCUUUAGUACUACAGUGCAUGGAUUUCUGCAGUCUGUGAAUGAUAGCAUCAGGGUGGACCCUGCGAUCGCACACCUUUACCACGUGAGGAACAUUUCGGGUGAAAACUUAACAAAACGUUCCAUCGUACGAGACGCACGUCUCAGAGACUUCGCAGACAGGCUGAUCCCUGCUGUUUCUAAAGUGCUUCAGCAGGCACUAGACAUCUACUGAAGUCUAUGUACAUGUAUGAUCUGUGCUUAAUCAGAAUUGUUGUCAGUGGGGCAAUUUAUAUCUGUAUUUAGCAUAUUUGCUUAAGGUACAGUGAUGUUGAAUUCUUGAUUCUGAUUGGUCAAAAGGUGUUGAUUUAUUUUCUUCAACAAUAGUGCUGACUCCUAGGCAAAAGGUUUAUAAUAAUGUGCUCAUCAGAUACUUUAUAAUUUCUAUAGUAAAAGUUAAUUCACAUUUAACUUGUAUGGACUUGUAGGACUUGUAUGACGGUGUUGUGGAUAAAAAUGACAUGAAAUAAACAUGAGGGAGACCUAGUAUGAGUAAUAUGUAAUUUUUUUGAAAAUUCACAGGACUGGUGGGUGCGUAAUCUUGAGGAGAGCGGUAGGGGGAAGAAAAUGGGGUGUGUCCUGGGGACAUGGGAUAGUCAGCAAAGGUGAAAUAAGGAG